GCCAGCGCUACCCACGCAGAGUCGACGACAACGAGAUCAGCCAACCGCCCCUUGACGCCCAUUCCCCCUAACGACCUCACCGAUUCUCACAAAAUCACCGCCAAGAUGUCUCUGCCCAACGUCUCGUCCGAUCUCGUCUGGGAGAUCACCCGCAACAGCAACUCCUACCUGGUCAAGCGCAACACGGCCGGUGGUGUUCACUUCUCCCGUGACCCUCUCAACCUGACCAACGUCAACUCCCGCAAGCACGCCGGUUACGUUAACGAGAAGGCCGUCGGUAUCUCCGCCGACGGUGAGAAGGGCGUCAAGGUCGUCUCCAAGACCAAGGCCACCCGCCAGCCCGCCAAGAACGCCCACCAGCGCACCUUUGGCUCGCACAACCGCAAGACCUACAAGAACAUUGCCUCCUCCACCGGCAAGUCUGGAUACCGCCCCGACCUCCUGCAAGCCGCCGUCGCCCGUGCCUCCGCCAUCCGCCGAUCCCAGCGCCCCGUGAAGCCCGAGCCCGAGAGGAAGCUGCGUGGCAACGCCGCCAAGAAGGCUGCCCAGGAGUAAAUUCUUCUCCAGUAACAUAACUGAGAGAGACAUGCUGGACUGUCGAUGACCAACGAGCCCGAGCGACGUUUUGACGUGGCCAUGGCAUCGCAUCUGAAAUGAGGACCGCGUGGGUCUCGGGAAGAGCCCAGGUGGUUAUGGUCUGGCGGGGUUAUGCGGCAUAUUGAUAUCAUUACAAAGGAGUCAAUGGUUGAAAAGGUCAAUGCGAAUGAUGUGAAUUCCACAUGGUCUGGUCCCCCUGGACCAAAUGCGGUUUGGCAGGCUUGCAAAAGCUGAAAUGGCUGGCUGGCUGGUUGGGGCGUUGCUGCUCUAGACAGGGCCCGAGGCUCCGUAUCCAAAUAAAGUGACGAGACAAGAACACGACUUUGCGCGAAACAUACACUCA